UCCUAAUUUCUCUCAGUAGUCAGUACAGUGCAUCACGAACGUUCCCUCUCUCUCUCUCUCUCUCUCUCUCUCUCUCUCUCUCUCUCUCUCUCUCUCUCUCAGUGCGAUUGAAGUACCGAAACCCAAAUCAGCCCUAUCUCCAGCCCUAACUACUAAAAGGGGCUUCUAGGGUUUCCAAUCGACAAUGCCUGACCUGGGCAUUCUCUUCAACUCCCCUCCCCUACCUCUCCCUCUCACCCCUACCCUCAAACCGGUCUCCGAUCAACGCGAUUCGUCCAGCCCUAUGACCCCAAAACCGGUCAAAACCCUAGUCAUAGAGGGUGAUUGCGAUUUGCCCCUUCCAGUGAGCAAUGGGAAUGAGGUUAGGGUUUCGAGGAAGACCAGAGGAGUCGGCAAGAUGACGGUGGAAAAUAAUAAUAAGUGUUUAGAUGAUUAUGUGAAGGCAUGGGUAGAAAAUAAGGUUGAGUCUGGAGUGGCUGAGCGGAAAUGCUUCCUUCCGUUCCUCAUGGGCGCGCCGCGGCUGGUUGAGUGUCGGGUUUGCCAACUGUCAAUCCAUCCUGGGGAGGAAGUGUUAUGCUCCGUUAAUGGUUGUCAAGCUGUUUUCCACUCAUCAUGUGCAAGAGAAAAAUGUUGGUCAUCCUCUUUGAAGAGAGUUACAUGUCUUCAGCAUGCAUGCUACUUAUGCAAACAGAAGUCCUUCUGGCGUUGUGUCCGAUGCAUGGUAGCAUCACAUGACAAGUGUGCUGCAUUUCCAGAGGGUGUUGUUCAUCUGAAUAAUCAACCUGGCCGAGCUGUUUGCUGGCGACAUCCUGAUGAUUGGCGGUUGGAGAAGCAUGCAGCCCCAACAAGCAGCAUAGAGGAAAUAUUUUAUCGUUUGCCUCUACCAUACAUUGAAGAGGAGUUCAAGAUUGACUUUACUUGGAGAGACGCGAUGGAGACUAGACUGGAGCCACCUCCAUAUGUGCACAUCAGGCGCAAUGUGUACCUUAUCAAGAAAAAGCGCAAUGAUGUUGAUGGGGACAUUGGUUGCACGCAUUGCAAUUCUACUCAAUGCUCUGAAGACUGUGUUUGCAGGGUUCAAUGUAUAAGCUGCUCAAAGGCUUGUCGUUGCUCAGAAAUGUGUACAAACAGACCAUUUCGCAAAGAGAAGAAAGUCAAAAUUGUGAAGACGGAAUUUUGCGGUUGGGGAGUAGAGGCAGGUGAAUGCAUAAAUCAAGGUGAUUUUGUCAUAGAGUAUAUUGGGGAAGUUAUUGAUGAUGCUAUGUGUGAACAAAGGCUUUGGGACAUGAAGUACAGAGGUGUCCAGAAUUUCUACAUGUGUGAAAUUCGAAAAGACUUCACAAUUGAUGCAACCUUCAAGGGGAAUUCUUCUCGCUUUCUAAAUCAUAGUUGUGAUCCCAACUGUAAGCUGGAAAAAUGGCAAGUUGAGGGUGAAACACGUGUUGGUGUCUUUGCUGGUAGAUCUAUUAAAAUUGGCGAACCAUUAACAUAUGAUUACCGAUUUGUGCAAUUCGGGCCUGAAGUCAUCUGUCAUUGUGCUGCUCCAAACUGUCAAGGUUUUCUCGGGACUAAAAGAAAGAUCGAUAAGAUCAACAUUUGUUGGGGUUCGAAACGCCGGAGAACACCAAUCAUCACCUGCUUGCUUAGAAAUCAACAAACUGCAAUUCCUGAGAGCAAUUUAUUUCAGGAAGCUUAGUUUUUUUGUAAUACAUUCCUCUUAAUAGUGAACACAAAAGAGGCAAAGGGCCAAAAUACCCUUCUUACAUGUAAUUGCUGUAUAAUGAUUCAUGCGUACUGUAUUCAGUGGUAGGGUCAGGAUUUUGGCCGAGUGGGAGCAAUAUUAAGGCAAGAGGGUGUGCAACGCCCAUUUGAUUU